AUGAAAACAGCAUAUCAAGUCUACGAACAUUUAGAAAAUGAUGAAGAAGAAGGACCCAAAAUAGAUUGGGAGGAACUUACGAAACUAACGGUUUUAAAUCACGUCAUUGAACCGCAAGAAAGAGAUCUUCUUCGUCAUACAACUUUUUCAGAACAGAAACCCAUAAUAAGUAAAAGCGAUACAACAAUAGAAAAGAAAUCCAGUGAAUUAAUUCGGGUAGAAAAACGUCUAAGUUACAGUGAAGUUGAAAGCAAAAGCCAUCGCCGUUCAUUACCAGGCAAUAUUAAGGUAGAAAUGCUUGGAGCUUGGACUGAAGCCAACCUGAAUUGUAAAUUAAAUGAUGUAGGUUUCAUCAAUGAAAAAGAAUCAAAAGAUAGAUUGGGAAGACGCAAAUCUUCUUUAAUAGCUGCUCAAGAAAAAUCAAACCAAAAACAAGACGGCGAAGUGGAAAUUCACGUGUGCGAUGAAGUGAAAGGCUUGAAAAAGGACUUCAAAUGUCCUCAGAAAUUGCUUGUUUCGAAAAUAGGUUACUUCGCUGACGUAACAGCCGGGCAAAGGCUCGAAGACAUGGACAUUUCUGUGCAUUGCGAUAUACAAAUCUUCGACUGGCUGAUGAGGUGGGUGAAACGCGACACCAUACUGGUCGCCGAUUGGCCCAUAUUGGAUCCGCACAACGUGGUGCCCAUCCUAGUUUCGGCUUCAUUCCUUCAGAUGGAGCCACUGUUGCACGACUGUUUGAUAUACUGCCACGCGCACAUGAACGAAAUCGUUAAGACCUCCACGAAUCUCGCUUGUCUGAGCGACACGCUUCUGACGAGGCUGGCGGCGAUGUACACCAAUGCAGAGUUAGAGGCGGUACGGGACCGCCGCGACAAGAUCCAGUCGCGUCUCUACUGCAAGCUGCUCCUGUCGCUCGCCGAGCCCGUACCGGAGACUCUGCGCGGCCACUACGCCACCCUGGCCACCCUCUUCAAGUGCACGAAAUGCAACAAGCUGCUAGGCCGCCACGUCGCAGAACUGGUGCCCUGCCAGCCGUCCAGCAUGCGGAUCGAUCGCCGUGGCAACGUGAUAUCUUCACACACCAAGGACCCUUCAUGGAGCCUGAACGAUUAUAUAACGUGGCUCUAUGGGGAGCUUCGCUCUUGGCGCCGCGUCUACUGGCGUCUGUGGGCGGACGCUCACUUCCUGCGUUGCCAGCUUUGCGGCGUGCAUUUCCCCGUAUAUCAGAUGGAGUGGUGCUCACACCACGAGCAGAGCGCCGCGCUGGCGGUGGGGGGCGCUGGUGGGGCGGCGGCCGCGGCCGGCCGCUACCCUUGCUGCGGCCAGAGGGCGUACCGCUUCGAAACACUGCCGCGGCACACGGGUUGCCAGUUCAGGGAGCACGUUCCCGACGAGGGGACCAGCGUGGAGGCCGCCGUGGUGGAGCUCUAUACAAGAUUCCGCGACCUGAUCGCCAUGCGGCCGCCGCACCUCGUCUUCCCCGAGCGGCUGACGCGCCUCGUCGCCAGAGAUCCGGGCGAUGACAACAGUGGGCGUUUGCAGUGCAAGGAGGUGUUCUGGUGGGAGGGAAUCCAACUGGUUCCGCCUCGUCAGCCGUUUGGGUUACUUGGGAAGCUUUACACGAGCAAUACAAAGUUCAACCCAAACGCGAGGCCUGGGUCCCCAGCACCGGGAAAGCCCGUCCAAACCGCCAGUGGGACAUGCACCAGCGUAAUAUGCCCCACUCCGGAGCGCCGAGAACUGAAACCCUCGAAAUCUGUCUCAGGUCCCGAAAAUAAUCAGAGCAACAAGCAAGGCGCUUCGGGCUGCGGCGACGGCACAGCGGAGGUGGAGCGUGACAGCGAAUGUGACAGCGAGCAGAGCUCUGACAGCUCUGACAGUUCUGACAGCGCGCGAAGCGACGAAGAUGCAUUGCCGCGACGCCGGCUCCAAAGGGUCGCACCGGCUCGAAAGAGGGGGAGGGGGCGAUCGCGCGUGUUGGGCCGCCAAUGGAUCGCUUCCCUCUCUGCGCGGAGCAACCAGGACGGGCAGAGGCGCUUUGAAGAGCGAGCGGCCGCCCAGAUGAGGGCCGCCCUCGCGCGCCGCCACGCCCAGCACGUACGCGCCAAACCCACACCGGGAGGCGUCUACGCGCGUCUGGAAGCAGAGUGGACUUUCCUAUUAGCGACCACUACGUUUUUAUUCACUUUGAAAUUCUUUUUUUUGCGUCUACGCGCGUCUGUUGAUACGCAUCCCCAGAGUGGCGGGAAAAAUUUGCCCCGCGGAACCGUAGCACAGUUACGGCUAGACUACGACCCGCUGCCGCGAAAUACAAAUGAUUGCGUUUAUAAUAAACAUAGCAGAAGAGCAAAU